GACUUAACUUCAGCCGUCGAGCACGACUUCUCGGUCACACGGGUUUUUCCGUACGUGACGCCAGUCCGUUUUUUAAAAACUAUUGUCCAUAAUAUUUUGUUCAGAGUUUUUACUCUCUCUUAUUUUUCACCGCGAUCAUUUUGUCUCGAACUCGAAAAAUACAGAUUUCCGACCUAACCCGACACAUUAUAAUAUACAAUAAUUAUCGAAACGCUGCUAAAGUUGGACACCGACCAAAGAAAAAAUAUCAUAUAGAACACAACACAGUAUUUUAAUAAUUGGUCCGAGUACACGUACAUAUAUAAUAAGCAAACACAAUGGCUGACGAGAGACCGACUACUUUGGCCGUAGCUGACGUUUCCAAUAUUGUUGAUUUCUCAAAGAUUCGAAAAUGAAAGGCGUCAUGGGCCACGACUGGAAAAUGCAUUGGUUUGGAGUAAGUCCCAGUAGUUCCGAAGACAUCAAUAAUAGUUGGUCGGAGGCGGUUCACCGGGAAAAUAUUUCCGUGGUGAGAGAACUUUCAAAAGAGAUGGAUUUAGGCGUAGAACUGUUUCAUGGUUAUUCACCGGCCCUUCUGACGUUUGCAAGCAUCUGCUGUGUAAUAUACAUGCUGGUCGGCGUGCCCGGCAACCUCAUUACGAUCAUAGCUCUCUUCAGAUGUAAAAAGGUCCGCAACGCCACUGCCGUGUUUAUCAUCAACUUAAGUGUAUCCGACUUGAGCUUCUGCUGCUUCAACCUGCCGCUAGCUGCAUCUACAUUCUGGUAUAGAUCUUGGAUACACGGCCAUCUAUUGUGUCGCCUAUUUCCGUUGGUCAGAUACGGACUACUAGCUGUGUCACUGUUCACCAUAUUGGCCAUUACUAUCAAUCGGUACAUCAUGAUCGGACACCCGACGUUGUAUCCCAAGCUUUACAAGAAAUUCUACUUGGGCGUGAUGGUGACCGUGACGUGGGUAGGCGGUUUCGGCGCGCUGGUGCCCACGUGGCUGGGCAAAUGGGGAAGGUUCGGGCUGGACGUGACCGUCGGAUCGUGCACAAUACUGCCAGACUCGUUGGGCAGGUCGCCCAAAGAGUUCCUGUUCAUGGGGGCUUUCGUGGUGCCCUGCGUGUCGAUCAUCGUGUGCUACGCCCGCAUCUUCUACAUCGUCCGGAAAACGGCGCUCAAGUCCCGGACCACGGUGACCGCCGCCCCCAGAAACCCGAUGUCUUCCUCGAAACCGUCUUCGGCGGACACGGGCGCCACUUAUUACACGCUCAAGACCCGAUUCAAGGUGCCCGAGAUCUCUACGGAUUCGGCGAUUGGCUCGAGCACGGCCACCGGCACAUGUUCGAUCAGCGACUCCAAGGACCAGCACAUGUUGUCGCCGCACGACGUGCUCCCCGACCCUUGUUCGUCCGGGCUCGACGACAGCUACUCGCCGCUGUCGUUCUCGGAACGCAGGAGAUCCAAACGCGACAGAUCGCCUUCGUCGGCCAUCAACGCCACCAUCACGCACGUCGUGUCCGCGGUGUUUCAGACGAAGGAUCAAGACUCCUCUCCCAGAACGCGUAAGCAGAGCACCGUCGGGGUAGACAAGAUGUCGUCCAAGGACAAGAAGCUGCUCAAGAUGAUCCUGGUGAUAUUCGUGUCGUUCGUCACGUGCUAUUUGCCUAUUACGAUUAGCAAGACACUGCACGAGUUGGAAGACUUGCACUUGUUAAACAUCAUCGCGUAUGUGUUGAUUUACCUAACCACGUGCAUCAACCCGAUCAUAUACGUGGUGAUGAGCUCCGAGUACCGACAAGCCUACAAGAACCUGUUGAUGUGCAAGAGCUCGCCGGACCACCAACAGCCAAACAGAGGGGCGAAAAAACUAUCUGGUCCUUAAUACAUGCACACCGGACAGUAGACAGAUAAAAACGAUAACGAUUGUUCACCAUUAAUUGUGUUUUUUUGUGCAAUAUAAAUUAUAUUUAUAAACUAUACGUGUGAUUCCAGUUGUAUCAAACGGACGACUUCCGACUCAAUAGCCAAUUCAUUCACAGUAGUGUCACUGCCACGGACAAACCGCGUUUUGAAUAAUAUUAUUAACUGCUCAGUUUGGUCAAAGGAGUAACACGUGUAAGGGGGAGGGAGAGCUUAAUUCUAACAUUUUCUAUUUUAAAGUAGUUUGCAAAACAUAUUUUAGCUUACAUAAAGGAGUUGACAAUUUUUGUUAAUCUUGACCAUGUUAAAAUAUCUCCUCGGAAAACUUAGCUCCCAAACUCUAUUUCAGUUCGCCUUAUAAACAGUAAUUGUAUAUAAAAAAAAAACAAUCUUAGGUAAUCAUACGACGAGAAGUUAAAGUAUUGCGUUUAACCAGGAAUGCUGCGGUAACUUAACAGAACACACUGCCAACCUUAGGUCAAAACUUUUUAAAAUCCUCAUCCUACUUCGGGGUUCCUGAUUUAAUUGCAUUCUAUUAUCAUUUUUAAUUUUGCAAUGUCAAUGAGUUAAAAUAUUAUAUUGUCGUAUCAAAUAUAAUUUAACUAAG